ACGGAGUUACACAUGGGAUAAACAAACGUACAGUCAAUAACACAAUAGAAAAGCAAAAAAAUAGGCCGUAGUGGCGAAAUAAUGACAAUUUCGCAAAAUAAACACUGGAGUGAUAGAUGUGCAGAAUAUGAAUUGUAUUGCCUGUAGUGGCCCUAGCCCAAGGGACUGGAAGAGAUCAUUAAGUGGUGAUUGCCAUCAAACCUAUUGACUCUUAUAUUACCUCUUGUUUCAAUAUACUGGACUUGUCUGAUUUAACUAGAAUAUUAUUUAAAAAAUACAUAGAUCAGAAACCCGUGCGUUCUGAUAAUGGAUAACAGUGCCCAGUGCAUCCCAGACUUGUGCCCACACAGAGUUGAUGCUGAUACACCACCUGCCUGUCACGAGAAAGAGCAGGUGGACAAAAUGGCUUUGCUGAUGCAGGACUUCGUUGGAAAUAUACCCGAGAUAACAGAUCCAGACGAGAAUCAAAACUUUGGGUACCAGUGUAUUACGGAGACUAAUAGACCACUUGUUGAAAUGGACAAUGGAGGGAUGGGUCUUGGAUUUUAUAAUGGUAGCCAACCAAGGAAUGGCUCAGGAAAUGCAAAUGAUGAUCAAAAGCAUAUGUCAUUAACACAUUGCAAUAACCCACAGCUCAACAAAGAGCAGCCCUGUUCAAUAGAGCGCGAUGCGGUAGAGGAUAAUUGCCGCGCACAGGCUGACGUGGCGCACAGCCUGGGAUAUUCCGUCUGCUGCCUGGAUGACGAAACGCAAGCACAGAGCACCCCUCUCGUGUGUGAAGUCAGCGGAGGAGCUGUGAAAUAUCACUGUCUGAUUGAUAAAGCGAGUUUCCAGGUGGAGCAUAAGGAGGGGAGCUCUGCGUCUGUCACCUAUUGUAUCGCUGCAGAAGCGCUGACAAUACAUCAGCGCGGACAGACAGGCAGUGCGGGACAGAAUGCUGUGUGGCGAGAAAGCGACCCAGACGCUACACAGGGAAACUCAGCACUGCAGUCGAGGCAGGAAGGAUGUGGAUAUGGAAACGGAGUCUUUGCUUCUAAAGAGGAGACGGAUUUAGUGAUUGAAGUGUCUGGAAAGAAACUUGGAGCGCAUAAAGCCGUUUUGGCAGAGAAAAGUGACUAUUUCAAGGCGCGGCAGUCCCGAGACGUAUUGCGAGUGAAGGGGGUGAGUUUUAAGACUUUGACCAUUUUGGUGGAUUACAUUUACUCAUGCCGAAUGGAGGUUAGUAAGGAUAAUAUUGUAGAGGUCAUCACCGGAGCUAAAAUAUUACAAAUCCCCUGCGCGGUUCAAGCUGCUCUCGAUACAAUGUCGGAGCAGAUUACCGCCGAGAACUGCUAUGAUAUUUUGACAAUAGCCAAAAAGCAACGUCUCAGCGAGUUGAAGGAGAAAGCCUACAAGUACAUGAGUGACAAUUUCUUGCAAAUACUGCGGGAUCCCGGUGUCUAUGGGCGUUUGACCGGAGGGGAGAGAGAACUAAUUAUCACCAGGAGAAUGGAGGGAAAGAGGGCGUUGAUGGUGGCUGAAAUCAACGAGGUGUAUGACGGCGCCGGGAGCAGACCUACAAGUCGUGAGAACAGUCGCCCUCAGAGCCCUCUAUCCACAGUGUCCCUGAAUGAGAAUCGUGUGAUCUACUAUUACAACACGGAGACAAAGGACUGGAAAGUGCUGACGAAGAUGCCGGAUGAAAUCAACACAAAGGGCUCUGGGAUAUGCACCAUGUACAAUUACCUAUUCGUGGCAGGUGGAAUCAAAAGGCAGGACGACAAAGGCAAAGUCUCGGACAAGGUGUUCUGCUACAACCCACUCACUGACAGCUGGAGCGAAAUUCGACCGCUCACCGAGGGUCGUUCUCAGCUCAAACUGGUGGCCAUGGACGGCUACCUGUUUGCAAUCGGAGGGGAAUGUCUCUUUACGGUGGAGAAAUAUGACCCUCGCCUGGAUAGAUGGCGCCCAGUGGCGCCACUACCAAAAGGGGCUUUUGCUAUUGCGCACGAGGCAACAACCUGCAAUGGAGAGAUGUUCGUGUCCGGAGGCUCUCUAUUUUAUCGUCUGCUAAGAUAUGACACUAAAAGAGACGACUGGGAGGAAUGCCCGUUCAACAACAGCAGGAAGAAAUCCACCGACAUGGUGGCAUUCAAAAACUUCAUCUACAGGUUUGAUGUCAACCGUGACUACGGUGUCAACGUGUUCAAAUAUAACACCGUGGUAAAGAUAUGGCACAACAGUGCGUCCCUGGAGCAGACCAACCCCUUGCCCUUUCGCUGUGCUGUCAUUGGCAACACCAUUUACUGUGUGAACAAGUCCCAAACAUUGCAGUUUGUUGUGGAAGAGGAGAAUGAACAGUUUUUGCCUGAGGCACGGGCACUCAAAGCACCUGUAGAGACAAAAGGUGCCCUUGUACCAUUUGUCCUGGCUCUUCCCAAGACAGCCUGAGACAAAUGCACAAUAAUGACCUCUUUGGAGACUCACUAAAAGUGGCCUCAGAAUUGUCAUAUGAGGACAAAAUAGGUUGUGUUUGAUAAAAUACCCACAGUGCACACAACAUAAUUUCAACAUGGAUAAUUGGGUAAUAUUUAGUUGAGAAGUUGAUAAAUGAGAUUUGUCAAAAGUGAGUUGAAUUUCCAAUGUGUUAUCACUCACGAUGCUUUCAACCAUCUAAAAGCACAACCAAAUUCCAAUGGAAAAAAGAUGUCUGAUUUUUGCUUUCGUUGCCAUCCAAAUGGCUAUCACUGCGCAUUCAACCAUUUAAAAGCGCUGCAAAGUUCAAAUGGGAACGCAAUAUCAGAUAUUUUAGUUAGUUCCAUCAGUGCCACUGACUUAGUCUGGCUUUAUCCCAGUUUGUCAACAAAUUAAUAAUUGAUAUGUUGGAUUCACGUCUCCAUCUCAACCAUAAAUCUAAGUUAAAGAGUACGACUAAAUCAAAUCAAACUUUAAAUGCACUUCAAAUGAAGUUUUAUGAGAUUUAGUCCUAUUCUUUAACUUAGAUGUAUGGUUCCGCCCAGCCUAUAUAUUUUUUCUGAUAGCAGAUAUUAUACUGAUCAGUUCAUUUGCAUAUUUAUAAUUAGUAGGAUAAUCUGUUUUAACAAACCUUUAUUAUAUUUGUACUUAUAUAUUGUAUAUUGUUUGUUUGUGGUGUGGUUUUCAUAUAAACCCUUGGGCUUCCAACCACACCUGAACACACACCGGUUUUUAUUUUUUAAAUUUGUUUUCAUCUGUAUAUUUGUCUAUUACUUGUUUUCUUUUGUGCAAAUAAAUAAAUAAAAUAAAGUUAUAAUGUU